AUGAUGAUGAUGAUGUCAGCUCCAUCUUCGUCAUUUCAUGAUUAUUUGGCAAUGGAUUCCUUCUUGCCGAAAAUGGAAGCUAUGACACCAAUAACAACAAUGGAAGAUCAAUACGAACAAACUUUUGAAAUAAACCCUAAUACUAAUAUUAAUAUUGAUGCUAAUACAAUCAUCACUACUAGUACUACUACUACUACUAAUAAUAAUAAUAAUAAUGAUAGAAGCAAUAGGAAUUCUAUUGUUAAACGCCCAAUGAAUGCAUUCUUAUUAUGGGCACGUGGUGAAAGAAAGCGUGUAUCAAGUGAUGGUUACGGUGUUAGUCAAACAUCAUUGAGUAAACUUCUUGGUGAAACGUGGCGACAUAUGUCUGUUGAAGAAAAACAACCAUAUUUGGAUUUGGCUGAUACAUUGAAACGUCAACAUCAUAUUGAUCACCCAGAUUAUAAAUUUAAACCAAAGCAACGCUCCUUGACUGGAUAUCAAAAAGCAGUUAAAAAGAACCAUUCAUUCGCACCUCAAAAACAAUUAUCAACUAAAAUAUCAUCAACCCAUCAUUUUGCAUCAUCUACUUCUUAUUCAUCUCAACCAUCAUUACCACCCAUUUCAAAUGUAACUCCUCAUCCUAUUCAAUCAAAUGUUUUGCUCAUGUGUCAAUCAGUUAUAUCUCUAUCACCAUUUGAUAAUAACAAUGAUUGGUUUGGUCAAAUGAUCGAGCAACCUCAAACAGUUAUUGUCACACCUACAUUUCGAACUCAAACGUCUCCUAUACCCUCACGUCGAGCUGUACGUAUACAAAUAAUCAAUAAACAUGAUGAUAUUGCUUUACCAUCCCCAACAUUAUUAUCUAUGACCCCUCCACCACCACCACCACCACCAUCAUCAUCAUUAUCAUUAUCUUCAUUCUUUAUUACUGAAUCAGCACCAAGAUUGGUUGAUUAUCUUGUUGAUAAUGAUAAUAUAUUUAGUAUUCCUACUAGUAAUAGUCAACAAAUAGUAACAAAUAAUAUGGAUGAUUCAAUUGAAUACGAAACAUUACAUGAUUCAUCAUUCAAUCAUUUGACUGAUCUUGAUCAACAUUAUGACAGUAGUGGUUGGAUUGAUACGCCUUUAUCAAGUUUUGGUACGAACUCGACAGAUAUAGUUCCCUCAUCACCAUAUACAUCUUAUGAUUUUUUAUGCCUCUAA